AUGUUCACCACAAAUAAUCCAUCAUCAUCAUUAUUAUCAUCGUCAAAUAAUAGUCCGUUAGUGAUUUCACUACAACAUGAUACUGAUGGUAAUCUUAUGGAAGCCGACAGUGUCGAAUCAGUAUUAACUAGAAGUGAUAACACAAAUCAAUCAAGCAAUUCUUCUUCUUCUUCUUCUUCUAAUAUAACAUCUAUGAAUCAACAAACAAUUACAAAUCAAUUACCUUUACUACGAGAACAAUCAUCAAUAUAUACUUUACAAGUAGAACCUGUACCAAACUCAUCGACGACAAAAUUAUGCUUAAUAUCGAAAUAUGAAAGAGAUAUUCCAGUUUAUUUAAUGGUCAACAAUUGUACGUUUGAAAAAUUGAUUAAAGAACAACAAAAGAAUGCUACCAUACAUUCAGUUAAUAUUGAUAUCUUACGCAAAAUAGCUCUUCUCAUUCGUCGAGCAAUUGUAACUGAUUUCGAAAAAUCAAUUUGGCUUACGCAUUUACAAUGUGGCACUGGUACUUCACAAUUAUGUGAUGUUAACAAAUGUCCUAGAUAUUCACCAUUUAUAUUACGAUCAAUUAUACUAUCAACAAAAAUUAUAGACAUUUCGGAGACUAGUUUAACGAAUGAAACUUAUAUGAUUGUAGUACAAACAUAUUUACAGCAAUUGGAGAGUCGAAAACAACAAUAUGCAACAGAAUUAAUUAAAAUAACAAAAAAUAUAACAAAUUAUCAUCUAAUGAUAGAACCAAUCAUUGAAAAGUUUAUUCGACAACAAUUAUAUCCAUUACACAUUGAAACUAUAUAUAGAAUAAAGUUUAUUUGCUGUGAGUAUGAAAUAAAUCGAUUGAAAGUAGUUCUCGAUGAAUCCAACUUAGAAAACAAUCAAAUGUAUCAAAUUACACUAUUAUGUCAUUCUCUAAAAGCAUAUGAACAAAGCAAACAAGAACUUCUAUUAUUAACACAUUGCGUAGAAGAAAACAAAGAUUUACUAAAAAUGUCAGAUAUGAGUAACAGAAUUUCUCUAUCCUUAGACAUUAAAAUGAUGAAAAAUACAAAUAUUCGACAGCAAUUCAUUGAACAACAUAGAAAAAAUCUUAAUCAAUAUCAAAAUAGUAUACAGAAAUCUUUAUUGGAUCUUGCCAAAAUACAUAUGAAUGAUAAACAGAAAUUAUAUGAUGAUGCACUUACAAACUUCAAACAAAAUCAACAGAAUCUGCCUCUUUGUCAACAAUUUAAUGGGAUAAUUAGAAAUACAAUUGACUUACUUUUAUUACAUAUCACAGAAAGUUUACGAGCCUUGUAUCAAUUGAAAACAUUUGCAUUAUUGGGUAAAAUUCCAAUAAAUUGA